UCCAGACAUGAACCAACUUAAUUCUUAUCUCUGUGCCAUAGGUAUUGCUUUAAAAUUUGUUGAUAUAAUGCAAUCCACAGUUAAGAGUCAAUCCAUGUCUGUUCAAGUACAGCAUGUCUUUACAGGAGUACAUCACCUUUUCAACAAAUAUCUGGAUUUCAGAUCAUAAAGCCCCAGAUCUAAUAAACUUACAGGAAAUCUUAGUAAUGACAAAAUCAGUCCCUUAAAGUAUACAAGAUGGAAAUGGUUUAAACCAUGUUUUGGCUUGCAUUGUGGCUCUUGGGCUAUUAACGUUUGCUCCACACAAAGAUUUCAGAUGCAGUGAACUUUUCCCUCCAGCACAGCUGAGGCCAUUCUACAAUACCCUCUCACCCACUGCCUCAGCAGUAGCACCCUUCCCCUCCAGCAGAAAGGUCCUGGGUUAGAAUCCCACCCACAGGCUGCUUUAUAAAAGGCCUGCCUAGAAAAUUACAUUUGCAUUUUUGACUGGAUCUUCCUUCUACUGUCUGGCAAUGCCUGUGGAUUUCAGUGGAACCUGGAACCUUGUCAGCAAUGACAACUUUGAAGGUUAUAUGGUGGCCUUAGGUAUCGACUUUGCAACACGCAAAAUAGCAAAAAUGCUGAAGCCUCAGAAAGUGAUCAAACAAGAUGGUGAUUCAUUCUAUAUCCAUACCACUAGCACAUUCAGAGAUUAUUUGCUUGAAUUCAAAGUUGGAGAAGAGUUUGAGGAAGAUAAUAAAGGCUUGGAUAACAGAAAAUGCAAGAGCCUCGUUACCUGGCAGAAUGACAAACUUGUCUGUGUCCAGACUGGUGAGAAGAAGAACAGGGGCUGGACUCACUGGCUUGAAGGGGAUGACCUCCACCUGGAGCUUCGUUGUGAGAAUCAAGUAUGUAAACAGGUCUUCAAGAGAGCUUGAAUCUGUGUGGUGUGCUGGGUGCUGCCUGCAGGGACAGCGCUGCACAGGAGCCUCAUGUCCAGCGAGGGCUCUGUGGACCAGGACUGACUCCUGUUAACCUGAAUGGUCAAAGUUUCUGGCUCAGGAAAUAAGUCUGCUGUUGCCAGUGUUAAAAAUCUGAUUUUUGCCAAUAAAUGCCCCAAACUAAACUAA